AUGGAUCUGUCGCCUCAGCAGAUAGAGGAAGCGCUCAUUUGUUGGAUUAACACUUUUCCAAACGUUCCUAAGGAAACUCGUUCUUUUGAUGAUCUCUGUGAUGGAAUAAUCUUUCUGUAUCUUAUUAAGCAAAUUGAUUCUUCUUUUGAAGGCCCCGAAGUCAAGGAUUUCCAGUCUGUGACUCUGGAAGAGUCUCGUUCCAUUUUCCAAGCGAUUCAAGAAUAUUUAAAAAGUGACAUUGUGGAUGAAGAAGCCACUGCGUCUGGUGAGCAAGUUCUAGACAGCGACAGCAUUAUCGUGGAUCACAACAAGAAUGAAAUCGUGUACCUGUUGAAAAUCACACUCGGCCUCGCAAUGCAAGGACCCAACAGCAGCGAAAUAGCCAAGCGAAUCACCUCUCUGGACAAGCAGAUCCAAGAUGUGUUGAUGGAGCUGAUCCAGGAAGUCCUAGCGACCAUGAAACCGGAAGGAAUUUCGGAGGACGACAUCGAGGACCUGCCUCUGCGCGAGUUCGACGAUCUUCUGGCCGAGGAGGGAAAUGGUCCCUUGGAAGAGGAUUGGAGCGACUGGAGCGAUCCAACGCCGUCGACGGCGCCGCUGCAACGCCAAGACUCCGAAAUGGAGAAGGAGUAUCACCGUCUCCAAGAGCUGGUGAUUCAGUAUCGCGUCGAGAAGGAGGAUUUCGAGAAGACGUUGAGCGCGCUCACCAAGCAGCGCGACGAUGCGUUGCAGGAGAUCGACUCGCUCCACAGCCAGCUGCAGACCCACCAAACGACCAAUCUGCAGAUGCAGAAGAAGAUCGAAGAGUUGUCGACGCCGGUGGAGACUUCGGGGCCGCUCUCCGCCGCGCAGACGUCGCUGUUUCAGCAGGAAUUGGAGCGAGCGGAGGAAGAGGCGGGACAGCUGCGAUCGAAAGUGUCCCAAUUAGAGAAGACGGUGCAGGACACGAAGAACGACGCGGCGCGGGAGAUCCAGAAGCUGCAGACGCAGGUUUCGGUGCUUUCGGAGCAAAAUCUGCAACUCCAGAAAACGGAGCAAUUAUGCCAGACCUACAAAAAGCAGCUGCAGGAGCUGCAGAACGGACACUUGGAUGUGGGGGAGUACCAGACGAAGCUGGUUUCGCUGGAGGCGGAGCUGCGCGGGAAGGCGGAGCUUGAGAAUCGCCUGACGACGUAUCUGGAAGAGAACAAGCGGCUGCAAAGCGACGUGCUGCGCUACCAGCAGCGGUGCAGCGAGCUGGAGGAGAGAGUGGAGUCGCUGCAGAACCGCGAGAAAGAGCUCUCGAACGAUCUGGCGUUGCUGCAGCAGCGAAACGACUCGCUACAGCUGUUGGUGUCGGGUCCCUCGAGCGAAGCGAUGUCGCCUCUGCUGGUCGAGUCGCCCUCGCCGAGAGGAAAGGCGGUCGCGGAGCCCAUCCCGGCGAUCGUGAACGUUCGCAACUCGCCGGAGUAUUUGGAGCAGGCGAACGAGCUGCUGCUGGCGAACGAGCGCAGCAUCGUGCUGAAUAAGAAGGUGGAAUCGCUGAACGAAACGAUCGUGCAGUUGAAGAAGGAGGUGCUGGAGCUGCAGGAAGGGAGAGUGGUCAGUACCGGAGCGACGGGCGAGCAGGUGUCGGCGGAGCAGCAUCAGCUGCUGGCGCUGAAAGUGUCGGUGAAGGACGACGAGAUCGCGAGGCUGCGCGAAGAGUAUCGCCGCGCGGACGAGGAGAGAGAGAUGUGUCUGAAGAAAAUCGGGGAGCUGCAGGAGGACAACCAGGAGCUCGUGAAGAACAUCACGAUGAAGGAAGAGAAGUGCAACGAGUUGGAGGAGAAGCGAUCCAAGCUGGUGGCGAAGAUGAAGGCGAUGCUGUUCCAGCUCAAGCAGAUCGAGGAGGCGAGGCAGGGAUUGCUGGCGCAGCUGGAGGACGAGAAGAAGCAGCGCGGCACGCUGCUGCUGGGGAGACAGAAGGAAGAGGAAGUCAUGUUUAGCUGUAUACAUAACGUAGGCAGCGGGGUCUGGGGAAAUCAGCCCUAA